AUGGCUCCUACUCACGUUUACUUGCUUUUAAAUCAACUACCCAAAUACUUCGACUCGUUGAUGUCUAUAGAACGUGUAGAUCUCAUCUGUAACGAACAGGCAAAUCCUAAUCAUACUACUGGGCGCCCGACAGCUCCUAAUAAUAGCAGCGACGAAAGUGAUGGAGAAAAUGAGGAUAGUCCCAUAAAGGCUGCAAAAGUACAUGAUUUUCGGGACAAUCCGAUGAUAAAACGGGCUACUGAAAGUUCUGAUUUGUUGGACUUGAUGCGUGAUAUUAUUCUUGAAGUAGAGAAUAUACGUAGCAGAACCGGACUAUUCGACCAGUACGACAAUUGGCAAUAUUUGUCUAAAAAGUUGAACGUAAAAGAAUUCCUGGCAUUCAUCUACGCUAUGAUCUGUCUCGCUGAAUAUGAUCCAACAAGAGAAACUCACCGGAAGCUAGCUAUUUGUUCGGCAAGAUUGUAUUUCGUAUUAUUGAGCACGCCGGGCCAAAAGCAAACAACAGUUUUUAAUGAACAAGUUUUCUCCAAGAGUCUAGACGUUUUUAAAUUGGUUUACCAAAUGCGCAAUCCAAUCUACACACAAUCAGCCCAGGGACAAAAACGUACAGGAAACGAGGACCCAACUCGUUUGCUACUGGAUUAUAUAUCGAUUUUAACAGACUUGCAAUUAUUACUCCGAUGUAUGACUCUAAAGAAUUGUGAGUCUACCAAAGUUAAACUAGUUCAGGAUGUAAAAAACUUACUGAUCUUUUGUAUAAAGAAUGUAUCUAAUCGACCCGAAGCUGAGCAGUUGGCGGAGCAAAUAUUUGCUACCCUGAAUACAUUGUGUCUACCAGAGCACGAUGAUCAUAAUGAAUGCUCGACAACGAUACGCAUGAUAUUAAAUACGACGGCAGUGUUCUAUACAUCGGAGUACAAAGCAAUACCGGUAGCUUUUCAAGUGAACACCUUCUUUUUGCGGCUACUUGAGCAAAAUCCUCAAGAUACAUGCAAUGUGCUAACAAACUUUAUAAAGUCUGUUUUGACGAACCCGCCCAAGGUGUUUUCUCGUCCGGAUGAUUAUGCCAUUCUUUUGGACGCAGCCGUACGAUACGAGUUAGUGAUGUACAAAAAAUGUAACGUAUCUAUAAUUGGUUAUCUCAAACAAAUAGAAACGCAUGCUGAUGUAAGCACUCGUAUUAAUAUUUUGGAAAUAAUCGCCAGACUAUCGGUGGUUGAUUGUACCGUUGAUUGGGAACUUUUUCAAUCUGAGAUAUCGAAAGUGCCACGAGAGAUCGACAUGAUAAAAUUAUUGUACCAUAAACUGAUGGAAAAGACAAACACGGUGAAAUUAAAGGCUUUCCAAUGCUUGUUGAAGCUAUUUCAUAAUGGCAAUCGAGUAAUAAAACAAAUAUUCCACGAUGCAUACUACUCUUCAAAUGCAGACGAGGACGAAAAACAAUAUUUCCAGAAUAAUGACUUUGAAGAGCUCUUCCAUACAGCCGAAGUCGAACUAGGAAUUUCUAGAAAUGUGCUCAAUUUUAAUCCUACUACACCGGCUACACCCACUACGUCCGAUACAAGAAAUUCAGCAAAAGUCAAUAAACCCGUACCGGAUAAGAAAAUUUCAUCGAACGUUGUAGGCAUAGAAAUGAUUGAAGACAUUCUCUCAUCUUUACCCAAUGUAAUUUAUGAUGCUACUUUAUCGCCUAUAUCUGCAAUCCGACGUAUUGGUCUAACGUGUUUGGAAUGCAUUCUCGAACUCGAUCGAAAUCGUAUAGAUGAACCUGUUUUUGACUACGUCAUUGUUAAGCUGGCAAAAGAUCCCGUUAUGCUUAUGCGUCGUACAACGCUAAACGUGCUUAAUAAAUUAAUUGCACUACAUCCCAACUAUUUGCCGCUUAUUAAACUGUGGUCAAAAUGUUUACUAUUUAUCUUGGACGAUACUGACCAAAAACUAAAAGAAGCGGCAAUGGAUAGUCUGAAAACAAACGUGUUUGAUAACAUUUGUCGUUUCGAGGACUCGUCCUCGCGAAAGGUGUUUACACCGUGGAUGAUUGUGCGAUCGAUACUGGUGAUCGGGAAAAUAAAUGUCCUAAAAACAGCGGUCGAUUCAUGGAUACAAAAGUCAAUUUUAACGCCCAAAAAUCUCAGCAUCAUAGAGUCUCACAUUUUUACUGUCAACUGCAGCGAAGCUUGGAUCAUACUUUCAAUUAUCGCUAACAAAAUGAAGUCUCGAAACCCGGACCUGGUCAUUAAAACAAUGAAUGACAUUUUGCAGCAAGAUGCGUAUAACUCCCCAAUUUGUCUUCAAUAUGUUCUGUCUGUAAUAAAAUCAUGGUUGCCUGACUUCACGCGUCCUGGAUUGAACCAUUUGUUUAAAAUAUUGAGCGAUUUAUUGCGAACGGGAAGCACAAACAUAUCGCUUGUUAGCGAUAUAUAUAGUUUAUGCUGCAUGAUAAAGGAAAAAGCCGAUGGAAUUGUGACCGAAGAUUGGAUUGAUAGUAUACGUGAAAGCAGUGCCGAAUAUUUGAUGCAUUUUCAUUCCCAUUACACGAAUAUACGCAUGACAAACGAGCGGUACCUUAUUAGUUUACUAGUAUACGCAGAAGUUACAACGGAUUUAAACGAUAAACCUCAUGAAAACGUAAUAAGAAAUCUGUCGACAUACUUGGCGCUCAUUGCAUCAGAUGAGAAAUUUCUUUCAGUGCAGACAAACCAAACUCGCAAAAUCAAUGUUACGAUAAUAGUACUAUCAAGGUUUGCUUUACGCGAUGGUUCCUUGGCUUCAUCAGUUAUUGCAGAUUUUAAUAAAAUAUUGAAAUUUAAGCACAUUCAUCAAAGCAUCAUUUGUACACUGAUAACCGCAUUCGCUGAUCUUUGUAAAAGGCAUACAUCGUUGGUAGAUUCCUCAAUUUCAACAGUAAUUGGACAAUUAAGUUCACAAUACUUAACCGUCAGGAGUGUCGCAUUGAACAAUCUCAAUGAACUCAUUUUGCAAGAUUAUGUCAAAAUGCGAGGAAUAGUUUUAUUGAAUAUUCUUAAACUAAUCAUUGAUGAUGACGAACAUAUCGCUGCACAAGCAUUUUACGUUAUUCAGCUGUACGUUCAUUCAAAAAACGAAAAACUAUUAAAAGUGUCGCUACUGGAAUGUGUUUACGUUUUCAACAACUAUUUGCAAUACGCUGAGAGCGACAUGUUUCCUGCUUCAGAAAUAGACAACGAACCAUGCGAUUUAGCAGGAAGUAACAAGGAACAAUUGGAGAAACGCUGUGCAAUUUACAAUUUUUUUAUUGAAAACAUUGAUGAUAGCAGUCUGUUAAAGUUAUUAAAGAACGUGAACAAAAUCUACCAACAAUUAAAGAAUGGAAAAUACGUAGAAUGUUCGCAAGGAGUUGGAACUAUUGUGGAUUUACUUUAUGUAUUUCAACAGAUAUGUAAAGUUAAGGAUCGAGAUAAGACUCGAAUGUCUAAGACUGGUUUAAAAAAUGAUGAAGAAAGCAUUACAGAACAAACCAUGGAAACGAGUCCAUCACAAAAAAAAUCGCGCUUACAAGCUGUCCAAUCGCAAAACGAUAUAGAAACGAAAACUAUUGCUGAGAAAAUGAUAGCAGUAUAUUACUGCUUCCAACAGGAAGUGCGCAAAUACGUUGAAAAGAUAGAGCCGCAGCAAAUACAUCUCGUCAAUAAUCGUUUGGAAGAGUUAGCUUUAACAAUCGCGGGAAAAUUUCGACUGUUGGUUGAAUUCGCCAAACCAAUGAACUUUUGGCGGUCUUUAUUAUCAACGAUUGAUAAGUCACGGGACAAUAAUCGAACAACAAGAAAAUAUAACCGAUCCAAAACGGCAACAGAAAACGAAUCCGAGGAAAGCACCGAAGAAGACGCCGAUGAUUGCUUGGAUGACGCCGAUAUGGAUUAAAACGUUGUUAAAUGGAAAAGAAACCAUAAAUAAUCAAAACGAUCAUGACCUAAAAGGAAUUGAGUAUUUUGCUAAACACGUGCGCAAAGAAAACACUCGAAA